AUGCAUCAUCGGGACCCAGUCCAAGGUCUCAAACCCCCACAACCACCAAAUACCAGGAAUGAACACUCACCGCGUCAGAGAACUGCACUUUUGUUGGCCAUCGUCAUCGUCAAUAGCACCCCGCUUGGAACGUCUGUUCUUGAUCGUCUGGGACAGAUCAUUCAGGACAGGGAGCAGGAGCAGCAAAGAUGCACAGACGCCACCAAAUCACAACAGGCUACAACAUUCCUGCAGCAGGACAAGGACGAGGAGGGGGUGGACAAGGAUGGCGGUGGUGGUGGUCAUCGGGACGACUUUUCGCCAGACCGGACACGGUCACCGUCGCCCCGACUUGCAGAGAAACGACAGCAACAGCAACAACAGACUCAGCAGUUGGGCUUUGGUGGCAGUACUGCGGGUGGUCGAGAUCAGGCGUGGAAACUACGUGAGAAGCUGCUUGAGAUGGGUAAGAAGUCGUAG